GUAGAGAAAGAAAAGAACAGCAAAGGAGGAAAAAAUGGUUGUCAGUGUAUAAUGUAAACAAACCGUUGCCCCGCUGUUGGUUCCUGCUGCAAGAUAUCCAGUUACUCCAGAAAAAUUGUGUAGUUUUCAGUUCGUUGUGCUUGUGGGAAACAGUUUUAGGGUAAAAAGGCGAGCGCAAACCCUUCCAGUGAAUGGAUUUAACAAUCUACAACGAUGUUCCGAGUGAUACGCCUGGCACAUAUUGCCGAUUCUGCUUUCGCGAAACCAGCCUGGUACCGAUCUUUCAUCCUACCACCAGCGAACCGUUGAACAUGGAGUUGAUAACGGUAAUCGUGGACUGUAUCGGUGUGUUGCUGAAGCCCGAAAUGGAUUUCCCCUCCGCUGCCUGUCAGGGCUGCCUGCAGCUGAUGCAGGAGUUUCACCACUUUCGAAGGCGUGCCCGGGAGUACGACAAAAUCAUACGUUCGAAGAUUUUGCCGCGCAUAGAGCCGGAAGUCAUCAUAGUGAAGCAGGAAGCGUCCGACCUGGAAAAUGCGUACGACGAUCACGAACAGGCAGACAAGGAAAGCAGCAGCAGCAGUACACUGACAGCUGACGAAUCUCGGGACGCCUCCAUCGAUGUGCUUGAACAGCUGCAGCAGCUACACCAGCAGCACCAGUUGCAUCAGCAGCAACAGCAGCAACAGCAACAGCAGCUAUUUCUGCAGCAGCACCAGUUGCAACAGCUUCAUCAGCAACCGUUGCAGCACGAACCAACCGAGGAGCAGCAGGAACCAAAGUUUAGCAUGAGUGCCAUCUUCAGCGCACAAGCGAACGCUCUGGCAGCGGUCGCUGCCGCCGCCGCCGCCGUCACACCGAUACGCGCCCAAACGCGCAGCCAAUCGAAGCGACAGUCCGGCUCGAUGGCACCGGCCCUCGAGGACAAUCGGUGCAUGGUGUGCGGGGAAAAGUUUCAGUCGCGCGACGUCUGGGUCGCCCAUCUGGCGGUGCACACGGUCGAGCGGCCGUUUCAGUGCCACAUCUGUUUGGCGCAGUUCAAAACCAAAUACGUACAGCAGAACCACAUCCGGACGGUGCACGAAAACGUGCGCAGCUACCGGUGCCCGAUCUGUACCGAGCCGAGCCGCAUGUUCAAGAGCAAGCGCACGCUCGAGGAUCACAUGCGCUAUCACACGGGCGAGCGGCCGUUCGUGUGCUGCAUUUGUAAGAUAACGUUCUCCUCCGGCAGCGUGCACCGCAACCACAUGUACCGGGUGCACCGGGAGAUGCGCAAAAAGGAUCGGCGGUGCAAUUACUGUGGGAAGGUGUUUGAUAGGAUUCUCGAUCUGAAACGCCACCAGACGAGCUACUGCGAGAAGAUUGUCGGCCAAGAGAUGGCCGACCGAUUAUAGAAGGCAGGAGGCGUACCCUUUUGGGGAUUACCGGAUUGAUCCUAUUGAGCGCACGGCGGGAAUCUUCUAACUGCAGGAGGAGAGAGUGAAAGUAUAUAUGUGCUUACUUUGUGCAAACUUUUAUGUUGAGUGUAAAUGUAUUAAUCUGUAUUUGUACCAUUUUUUUAGCUAAAAAUCGAAAAACAAAAACAAUACCAACAACACAUUGGCCACCUUAUGCGUGCGAACGCGCCUAGCUGUUGUAAAUAGCCAAAUAUGAAACGAUGUGAAACAUGUCAAACGGAA